AUAUCAUUAAUAUAAUAAUUUUCUUAUUAAAGAUGGCUGUUUUCAUCGCAACGAAUCCUUGAAGAGUUUUAAGGAUGCUGACUGUCUCGUCCAAUCAUUGUUGAGUUAUAGAAGAAAUUCUUCUCAUUCAUCUAGUAUUAUAAAGCCGCUAGUACUAAAGUAGAAGACAAAUAACAAAAUACCAGUAGUACACAGAAGAUAGUGGAAUGUAAUAGAAUGCGUGUUCACCGCGAAUAUAAACGACAUGAUGGGUACCAAAACAUCCUAUGAUUAUAUUUCCAAUUCCGAUGAUACAGGCAUCAUGGGAAGAAGUAGUCCUGCUGCUUUGCUGGAUAUGCUAGCAGAAGUUGCAUCUCGUACUUUAUAUUCGGAGAAAAAGGAAAUGAAAUCAUUAUUAAGCUCCCAAUGUAAAACUAAAUCGGAUGUUGUGAAACGUAAAGCUCAAGAAAUGCGUUUAAAUGUACCUCAACUUUUAUCUAUGCCAAUGUCCCAGUUGGUGAAACAAUUUUCUGUCUUGACUAGCGACGAGCUUAAAAGACAAUUUUCAUAUACCUGUACGCUUGUAGAUGGAUGCGAACAAAAAUAUAAAAGUUUUGCAAGCGAAGGAAAAGCUAGGAAAUCUAUGAAAGCACAUUUGGCUGAACAUUUAGAAUACUUCAAAUCUAAUGAACAAGCCUAUUACACUUUCACCACUAAACCUAUAAAAUAUAAAAACUUCAAAUCAAAUCUACAAAACAAAAGUACACGUUUACAUCAAUCAAAGAAACCUAGAAGGAUUUUAAAUAAAGAAAACAAAGGAAAACAAACAGAUUAUUUGCAUAAAAUUUUGUCAAAUGAUAAUACAAAUUUUGGAAAAUUUGAAAAACAUAAAUCUACAGCAAGAACUGAAAGUUUGAAUAGCUUAGAAACAAAAAAGUCUGAACAUAUAGAUGUUAAGGUUCUUGGUGAUCAUAGUUAUUUUGAGCAUUUAAGAGAAGAAGCUUCUAAUGAAACAGAAAUAACAUCAUCUGAUAACAUAUUAAAUGAUUCAUCAAGGGAAGAAAAUAUUGUAUUAAUGAUGGUUGAUACCGACAACAUACGCAUGAAGGACUAUUCCCAUAUUAAAGGCAAAAUAUCGGACAAUUUAAAGCAUCAAGACACAGGAACAUUAUACAUAUCAGAUGUACCUUGGAUAGAAGGAAGUUGCAAAAAGAAAAUGGACUUAUCGACAAGUGUAAAGCCUAAGGGAAAAGCGAAAUUCAUAGGAACCAGUAAAGAAGAACGAGAAUUAGCAUUAGCAUUUAUGGAUCGUAUCAAAAAGAAAGGAAAUCCAACGGGCAGUAAUCUUCAGUGCCACAUUUGCGAUCCACCACGUAGUUUCACAGCACCCACUACACUAGUAUCGCAUUAUCGAAGUCAUGCAGGAAUAAAGCCAUAUGAAUGUCGAAUAUGUAGAGCAGUAUUUACAAGAAGACAUAGUUUGAAGUAUCACAUGUUGAUUCACCAAAAUCAAACAAGAUUCACGUGUGCUGAUUGCGGAAAAAAGUUUAGACAUCCAUCACACUUUAGAGAACAUCGUCGUAGACAUACCGGAGAAUCUCCAUUUUGUUGCAAUGAUUGUAGUCAAAGAUUCAAAACAAGAAACACUUACAAACGUCACUUAAAAACACGUCAUGGAAAAGUUCUUACUACAACUGGUGAACUUUUGUUCCUUUCUGAAGAAGACUUUGAAAAAGUACGGACUAAUAGAAAGAAAAAAAUAGAUUGCCACGAUAAUAAAAGCACAGCUGUAGAUGAAGAUAUAAUAGCUACCAGAACAAUUAUGAAUUUUCAAGAUAAUAUUGAACCUCAAGAAAUAUCUAACGAUGUUUUAGAAGAAUAUAUCAUUAAUAAAAAUUGCGAUGGGAAUAGAAUUAACAAAGCUAUUGAUACGAUACCAAUUAUAGAUAAAUAUUAUGAGAAUUAUGAUAUUUGCUCAAUACCAUUUUUUAAUAAGACUGAACAUCUAGAAGAAAGUGUAUCUUUAAAUGACAACAGUGAUAAUAAUAUUACAGAAUCAGAUCGAAAAGAUAUAAAUAGAAUGCAAAGUAAUUUUCAACAAAAUUCUUAUGAUAAUGUAACAGUAAUCAAAACUAUGGAAAAUCAGCCUUUAUUAAAUAAAUCUUUAAGGAAUGAACAUAAAGUCGUAUGUGAAUAUUUAGAUAAAGAAUCAUAUGUACAAUCAUAUUAUUAUAAUGAACAUAUUCAAUCAAGCAAAGAAACAAAUAAUCACCUGCAAGUAGUAGAAAGUCAUCAUUCAAAUUAUAAAAAUGCAUCAAACUUUGAAGGACAAAAUGUUCAAUUUGUGUUACAUUUAACGAAGAAAAUGGAACUUGAAACUGUAGAUAAAAGUACUAAUUGCAAUAUAAAUACAGUUGGAAACGAUGAGUUUUCAAAUUCAUAUAAUGUAAUACAAUCUGAAGAGAAGGAAAGCAAUGUGGACACAUAUAUCCAUGAAGAAAAUUCUAUAAGUAAAGAUAAUUUACAAUUACAUAUACCAGGUGAAUUUAUUGAAAAUUCCACAUCUCAAAAUCUUAAUGAUGUUCAGGAUAAUUUAGGGAAUAAUAUUUUAGUAAGAAAUGUAAAUGAUGAACCUAAUAUAUUAAAUUUUGUCAGCAAUGAGGUAUGUGCUUGUAUUAAAACUUUACCAUGUAAUUUUAUUUUAUGUUAUCAAGAAAAUCAAGAGAAAUUGCAAGUUAAUGAAUCUACAAACGUUACUGUGCUUAAUAAGUGUACACAAGGAGUUAAUUUAAUACAAAACAGAAAGCAGAGUGCAAUUUUGUUAUUAUCAAAUAAUGCUUCAAAAAAUGGUACAUUGCAAAUUAAAUAA